AUGUCAACCCUAGAGUCAGUUAAUGAUUUUCCUGCCUAUGGGAACUUAUCUCGUUGUGUUGUUAAAGGAUAUAAAGCUUGUCCAAUAUGCGGCGAUGAUACACCUAGUCACAGGUUGAAAAAUGGCCACAAAAUUUGUUACAUUGGGCAUAGAAAAUGGUUACCAAUCAAUCAUCCAUAUCGAAGGCAGCGUGCAGCUUUUAAUGGGAAACCUAAAUGUGGCACGCCUCCCGAGCCAUUAAACAGAGAAGAAGUGUUUCACAUUGUUGAAGAUAUUAAUUACAUAUGGGGCUCGAAAAAUGGGGGAAGUGUUGGUGAGAAUGAUGGUGACAGAGUUUGUUGGAAGAAGAAAUCAAAAUUCUUUGAUCUCGAGUAUUGGAAAUACCUUUAUGUGAGGCAUGUCCUAGAUGUUAUGCAUAUAGAGAAGAAUGUUUGCGAUAGUAUCAUUGGUACAUUGCUGGAGAUCCCUGGAAAAAAUAAAGAUGGGAUUGCUGCUUGGUUAGAUUUAUUGAACAUGGGGGUCAAAACUGAUUUGCAACCCGAGUAUGGACAAAGACGUACUCGCUUGCCUCCAGGGCCUUGGAAUUUGUCAAGAGCAGAGAAGAGAGCAGUUUGCAAUUCUUUCUAUGGUAUGAAGGUCCCUGAAGAGAAGCCUGCAAGGUAUGCAAUAACUCGAUUGUGCUUCUUCUUCAAUGCCAUAUGUGCAAAGACGGUGGAUGUUUCCAAGCUAGAUAAGUUGGAAGAAGAUGUAGUAGUUACUUUGUAUUUGCUUGAGAAGUACUUUCCUCUUUCAUUCUUUGAUAUCAUGGUUCAUCUAGUAGUACAUCUUGUCAGAGAACGGUAUAUAGCUAAAGAAGCUAUAGAGUUUUGCAUCAAGCAUUUAUCUGAAGUUAAUACAGUUGGAGUGCCUUCAAUCCAGAAGAUGGGAGUUUCGAAGCCAUUAUCAGGUUGCACAGUUCAAAGUGAACUUAAUGGGGAAGAGCAUAAUGGCGUAUCAGAAAAUUUGAGAUGGCUAGCAGCUGGUCCAAGCAUGGCAGUGCCAUCAUAUAGGAGCUAUCUUAUUAAUGAUGUUAAAUUUAACACCAAGGCACAAGAUGAUGUGUGA